UCGUCAUCUAUCACGCAGAAAAAUGGCGUCCGUGAAGGAAAAAACGGCCAAGCGAUCGCCAUCUAAAACUGAUACUACGGGAGAAAAUACGAGUACUCCGACUGUGAUAAACACAUUUGCCAACGACGGUAGCUUUCUAGAACUUUUUAAGAAACGAAUGGAAGCAGAGUCUCAAAAACUGCAGUCGAAAUCUGAAAGUACGGUUGGGCAAAGUACAAGUUGUGAAAAGAAAGACGAAAAGACAGUGGACAAAGAAUCGUGUACAAAGAGAGAUAACGAUGGAAAAGCUCCUGGGCCUUCGCUUCCAUUAACACAGCAGGGUAAGAGGCAAUUUACUGUUGGAAAGAUGGGUGGUGCGUCACGGCAGAUCCAUGCAAAGAAAAUGAAGAAGGACAAAGAAGCAGCUGAAGCAGUGAAAAAGGCUCAGGAAGAGGAAGAAAGCAAAUCUUCAGCAUGGAAAGCUUACAUGGAGGAAGUUAAAAAAUAUAAAGAGAUGAGUUGUUCAGAUGAUAGUGACAGAGUUACACCUCUUGUGAAAUGACCCAUGUCUAAAGAUUCUCUGCAUUGUAAAAUUUAGGAUAACAUAAUUAAAUCUUUUCAAAAUUAUCAAACUAUUAAAUUCAAAAAGUCACUUUAUUUCAUCCUUUUGUAACCUGAAAAUUAACUCUUCUAAGCAGUUUGUCAUGUCUUGAUCCCAAACCCUCAAGGAGAGAAACAAAGAGCCAGCUAUUGAAUUCAUCCCAUCAUAGGUUUUAGGCUGUGGGUAGACGAUUUAAACUAUGGUGUACGGAGUGUUAAAAUGUAGUAUUUUGGUUAGGUUAUGGAUAGGUUUCAGCUAGUGUACUUGUGGUAUGAAUUGUGGAUACAACACAGCUUGGGUAUUGAGGUAGGGGAACUGAAUAUGCAAUGUAGGAUGGAUCUAUGAUUUGCUCUUUUUCGCCAAUUUUUCUUUGUUUCUCGUGCAUCAUUUAAUCUGAAUGGGAGCCAGGUUAUUAAUUACACUCUGAUGUAAGUUUAGUUUGACUUUCCACAGAGUGGAUACAUACAGUGUAUAGGCCUUUUAUUUUGUCAAAGUUACAGGAAAUGAACUCUACAUACUUCUUAAGGGCAAUUAUCUUUUUAUCCCCUAGUAUAAGUCUUCAAAAUUGUGUUUUACUUCUGAUAAGUUUAGACCCUAAACUUUUGCAAAUGUUCAAUAUUUAGGUACUUAAUCUAUUGAAAUCUUUCUCAAGUUAAAUUUCUUU